AGGAGGAUGGUAUUCUCUCAGAACACCCUCUCUCACCGAAAGACUGGCCACACAGGAGUCUUCUUCUACUCUGCCGAUCACACUACUGAGAGAGUUACCGUCUCACUUGUCACCGAUACAAGUCAUCCCCUCUCCGGACAAAUCCAGCUCUCCUGUCUGCAAGAAAAAAGUCGUCAUGGCGAGUUUUAUCACGGUCCUGUUUUCCUUCCUGGCGCUAGGCGGCGCUCUGGUCAGCGGUAGCGUCAUCCCCACUACGGCCGCUCCCGAGGCACGGUCGGGCUGCGGUGAACCCUCCGCCGCCCAGCUCAGCCAGCUCCUCUCCGACUGUACCUCGGCAAACAACCCCGAGACCAAGACCCUGUCUGCGGGAUUGAACCCCUGCGAGACCGGCACCUGUGUGCAGCCCAGCGAGAACGACCUCUCUCAGCGCGCCUACUGUCCCUGGCAGGUCGUCAUCGACUCCGACCCCAACCGGUUCCCGACUGAAAUCAGCUACGCUCGGUGCCAGUCCAUCUUUCCCGGUACAUCGCCCGCAGAUUACAACUAUACUAUGGUCUGUGACAGCGUCAGCUACACCAAGCCCGUGCUGGUACGAGAGGAGUGCGGCGGAGCAGACAACACCUACCGCUACAAGUGCGUGCACCUGACCGUACCCAACGCCUGUGUGGCCGCUAUGCCUCAGUGAGUGUAAAGAACACAGCAGAUAUACCACAUAUCGUUGUUUCAGAACCACCAAACUAUGUUUGGCUCUAAGGUAAGGUCCGUGUCGGACCAACGUAACUUCCGUUUUUGAACAUAUCUUAUUUCUAGGUCACACAGUUUUGUAAGUUCGCUGUGUAUUUUGCUUAGCCAAGAUAUAAUGCUAUAAUUAUAUAGAAGCAUCAGAAUAUGGUUAAUGUAUGGAUAGGAAUAAUUUCAUGUCCAUGUUUAGAAUAUCAGAAGUGUCAGGCAAAGAAAUAAUUACUAGUAUCUGAUCAUGCAAGUAGCAACGCUUCCUUUACUGCAGUGCUGUCUGUAAGAUCAGCAUAGGUGGCGCUUUUGGCAGUUUAAAUCGCCGUGAAAAUGACGUCGUCAUUGACGUGUUGCAAUAACGUAUAAGGAAGAUACUUUUACCGCUGCUUUCAAUUCCAAUGUGCUUAUUGCUCCUUUUAAGGACAGAUGCAUAGAAAUGGACAUUUUGUACACUUAAGGACAGAAGUGUUUCCUCGUGAUAGAUAUUGUUCCCAUAUUUCGACAACAUUCGUAAGACUAACUUAUUUAUCAAAAGUCCCUGUCAAGGAGGUUUCCCUUUCUAUCCUCCUUCCUUUCGUUAACUUUGUGCAUAUUGCGUCAUGUAGGCGUGGCUAUGAAAUCACAGACACGUCCUGCCUAAAAAUAGAAACGAUUUCAAAUUAAUGAACAGGAAAUGACGAGGGACAACUUCCGGUUUGUACAUUUCCUCAGAGUCAAACAGUUCAUAUGCAAGUUCACGUAUACACAUCAUAGUGUGUGUGUUUUAAAGUUAAGUCACAGUGACUACCAGGUUAUAAAUGUACUUUUGAAAAGGACAUAAGUUAAAUGUAUAUCUGUAUACGGAACAUAUAUGUAUAUUUUGUGAAAAUGAUAUCUUACAAGAAAGUAACUUUAUCUAAUUUAAAACAUUGUAAAGUGCGUCGACCAAUCUAAUGUGAGAUUUUAAUGCUGCUUGUUUUUAUCUAUCUAUUUAUUUAUGAAACCUUAAAGUGAAUUUGAACAUGUUAUUGUGGUUAACAUUAUUUCAGGAAUUGUACACCUCAUAUAUGUUUAUUUAUUAUCUUAACUAUAUGAACAUAUUAUUUAUCUGGUUAAAGCUAUAUCUUCCUCCACUGCGGCUUGAAUUGCACAUAUCAAGUAAAAGUAUAUACUUUGAAUUCUUUCAAGAUUUGUGAACCUUCAAUGUUACUGUGUGACAUUGAACCAUGUGGUAUUUUUAUUCUAGGCUGUGCCUAAUUAAUAUAUUUAUUUUCACAAUGUGUGACAGAAAGAUCCUAAAUAAAAUAUG